UCUUUUUUUCUUUUUUUCUUUUUUUGCUUUUUUCCGUUUCUUUUCUGUUUUUCUUUGCAAUAUUAAUAUCCUUUUUUGUUAAAUAAAAAGCCUGCCAUUAGGGCUUAAUUUCUUGUUUUGGCCAAAGUCAACAACAACACAGAUAUGGAUAUAUCUUGCGGUGGAUUGGAUUGGAUUCAGAAUCAACCCCAAGUAAUAUCCUUUCUAUUUGAUUGAGUCUGUCAACUGUGAGACGAAUGAAUAGUAUUUUCUAAUAAUAUGAGAGAAGUGCCAACGUUCGGGGUGGAAAUGUCUGCAAUAUUUCAUUUCUGAACAGAAAAACCCCCAAACCAUCUUAUUCGGCCAGGAUAAUAGUGGAGGACCGCUGGCCGCUGGCGUCGGAGGUUUCCGACAACGGUAGCUAUUCCUACCCAAUUCGCGGACUAAAGAGCCUGAAUGCUGUACCAUAGGCUAUAGUUAAUAGGCCACCAGGGAGAGAUGAGACCGCGCGAGGUGUGAGCAGCCAUAAUGGAGUACUGGACUGUACUGGCAGAAGUAGUUGGAGUCAUUCCGUUCUCGACCGAGAAGAUCUGCCCUUCUCAUUGGGAGCUUCAACGCACAUCUGGUCACCAAAGUUCAGGCAGACCUAGCUCUGCCAAAAUCUCAACGUGUCGUUCGGUGCGGGAACUGCUAGUCCAAGGUUCUAUCUAUCUAGCCUUGGGAGUCAUAAGCUUAAGUGAUAAUAUAAGCCUUGCAUUGCGCCUGACGGUACCGUGAACUUGCUACAACGAGUAGACAUUCAUUGAGUAUCAAGCAUAGAUGUAACUCUGCCUGCAUCAGCUUGCGAUCGUUUUUCGAACGAAUCAUUGUAGAAAAAGACCUGCCACGGGGAGCCCAGUUACAGGGUGAUCAAUUUGUCCGUCCAAUUGCCUGAUUAUAUCCCUUCUACUCGGCUGCCAGCAAAUUAAAAAAGAGUCCUAAUAAUAGCAGAACUUCCCCAUGUUCGACUUGGGGAUAUUCCAGCUAGGAAAUGCGCUACUAAGGCUGAGGCGGCUGAGGCGCUAAGACACCCCAUUUCCCGUUCGAGAAAUAGACGCCGUAGCCGCAGGACCGGGGCGGUUAGGCGUCAGCAGUCGCAACAACCGGACAGAACAGAACAAGGAGUAGAUACAACGAAUCUAACUCCGGGAGACGACGACAAGCGAGGAAGAAGAAGGCUGUUACCAUCCCACCUCAGUACCAUCGUCCAGGAAUGGGUUGUUGAGGACCAUUCCCUCAAGUAUGACCUCUCGUCUGGUCCUGGCCAUCGGCGACCUCUUCGUCCCUGACCGCGCUCCGGAUAUUCCUGCAAAGUUCAAAAAGCUCCUCACCCCCGGUAAAAUCGGCCAGAUCCUCUGCCUGGGCAACCUCACCGAUCGCGACACCUUCGAAUUCCUCCGCCAGAUCGCCCCGGACCUCCAGCUAGUGAAGGGCGACUUCGACGUCGACUCACCCAAUCUCCCCCUCUCCAAAGUUGUUACUCACGGCAGCCUGCGCAUCGGCUUUACCCAUGGCCACACCAUCAUACCGCCCGGCGAUCCGGACUCUCUGCUCAUAGCCGCGCGGCAGAUGGAUGUCGAUGUGCUGUUGUGGGGCGGGACACAUAAAUUCGAGGCGUACGAGUUGGAAGGCAGAUUCUUCGUCAACCCGGGCAGUGCUACUGGGGCUUUUACGACACAGGGUGGGUUGGAGGAAGAGGAGCAGACGCCCAGUUUUUGUUUGAUGGAUGUGCAAGGUGAUGUGCUCGUUCUAUACGUGUACCAGCUACGCAAGGACGCACAGGGGGCGGAAACCGUCUCCGUUGAGAAAGUCUCGUUUCGUAAACAACAGGCACCGCCGCCUGCUUCAUGAUCAUGUUGGCAGAACAUUGGUCGAUUAUUAUUUUACCCUUUUUGUCAAUUUCCCUCCCUUCUUUCCGUUAACUCUCUGCAAAGAUGUUCUUAUUUGUUUCGUUUCCUUUUUUUGAGUUUAAUUUUUGUGUGGUGUACAUAUCGGGGCUGUAUUAGAAAUGAGAAAUUAUUCUUGCUAUUGUUUCCGGGCAUUUCUCAUAUGGCCCGUUGUAUCGCCUUGGAACCUCCAGCAGGCGUUUCAGGGAGCAAGGAUUAUAAUUAUUCACAUUAACUGUUUGGUACCUACCGUCCAAUGGUUUUUUUUUUUUUUUUUUUUGCGGGCUUUCUGUUGCUCCUACUUCUGCUCCAUGUUCUUUUGUCCAUGUGCGGAGUGGGUUAUCCCAUCAUCGCUAUCUAGUUAAAUACUAAGAUCCCCCUAUCAGCCAGCAGUAACGAGCCAGUAUGCAAGCAAGAAAUACAGCCUAGUCAAACCAAACGAACAACGAACUAAAUAGUAAAUAAGUAGUAAUUAUACCAUUCGUUAAAUUCCAAAGAAACUCAGCGAUUCUAUAUAACCCUCGCCUCUGCCAUGGCAGG